AUGCUGACUCAAAGUACUAAUAAACCGAAGGGUCCUGGUAAAAGUAGCGUUGCAGCUCAAGGAGUCCAGCAGAUACCCAAGAAAUCUCAGCAGAUUAAGACAGAUAAACCGAGGCCACAUGUGUGCACGGUAUGUACUAGAGCGUUCGCAAGAUUAGAGCAUUUGAAAAGACAUGAAAGGUCACAUACCAAUGAAAAACCAUUUCAGUGCGCUGCAUGUGGUAGAUGUUUUGCUAGAAGGGACUUGGUAUUAAGGCAUCAACAGAAGUUACAUUCUAGCUUGCCAAACAUUCUGAGGCGUGGGUCAGCUAAAGACAAUGACCAGACAGAGCAUAUCAACAUUUUGCACAAUAAUACUGAUGCGAAGGCACCAUUACCGGGUGCCAGAUUGUCUUUUGAUGGGAACAGUAAUAAGAGUGAUUCACCUAAACAAUCUCAACUAUAUUCUCCUCCACGGACAAAUGAGUUGGGGUUGAAUGGACAGAGUAAUCUGCUACGAAAUUCUUUAUUCAAUCAUCAAUAUGGCUUUCCUCAAUCAGGCUCACCGAAUAAUGUUAUUCCAUCUCCCAUACCUACCCAUUCGAACCAGAAUACACCUCCGAUGAUGCAGAACUCCGCAGUUCCUAAUAACUCGAUUGAAAAUAACCAAAACCUAUCUCCACAAACAAUAUCUACCGGAUCGCCUAAGAAAGCAGCAACUAAUAAGAACAUUAACCCCAAUUUUGCAUUUACUUUUACUGGGCCCAUGCAGGGACAACAACAGUUUCGACAUGCGUCGUUCUCUGCUGCUUCAGGUGCUUCUUAUACGAAUAUGAAGGAUGCAAUUACUAUCCAACAAAAUAAUGCAAUGCUUGAAGCUCCGUUUCAAGUUGACUUUGCAACUCCGCAACCACUUGAUCCUGAUAACCUCAGAUCAAUUUAUGGUGACACUGAUUUAAAUUCCUUGGAUAUAGACUGGAAUGGAAUUGAUUCAUUGGACUUAGGAAGCUCUUUACAAGGAAAAAUGAAAAAUUCCAAUUCUACUUUAGAUCUAGCUCACUUGUCCAGUAAGCAAAGAUCAAUGAAGAAUAUGCAACAAUAUUUCGAUCUCAAUGUCAUUGCAACCCAUCAAUUUCAAAAUCCAAAUCACCCUCACCAUAUAAAGGGAACAACGCCAUUUGAAUUUGGAAUGAAUCCACCUAAUGAUUUUACGGCUAUGCCUCACAUGAAUAAUGAAGUAUUGAAUGGAGCUUCAUUCAAUUUAAAUAAAAAUGCGAUUGAUGAUAAAAAGUCAAAAAAAGAACAAAUACCGAAGUCUGAAAAUUCCAAAAGAAUCAAGCUAGAAAAUACAAUCCCAGAAGAAGAUUGGCUAAAGGACAUUAUAAAUACCCCAUAUGAAUUAAACUUUCCAACCGCAUCUCAUAAUGUUGGAUUCUCAGGAUUUUAUCUCGGUGAACCGUCUCCUAACUCCCAGAAUGAUGAUAUAUCUUCCUUGUUCAAAUAUAGGCAAAUGGACUUGGCGAAGCAAAUGAAUAUCAGUCCAACAGAAGUAAAUUCAAAUGGUAAGCGAUCAUCUAAUGAUAUUGGAACCAGCGAAGUGAAUAUGAACGAUAUUGAAAAACAAGUGUUUUUCUCAAAAAGACUUAGAGAUUACAUCAUGCGGAAAAGCAACUUAAAAGAGGAUCAGUUUCCUCCCAUUGAAGAUAUGAAUAGGUACUUGAAGUUAUAUGAACGUGAAUUUAACAAAUAUUUUCCUUUCAUUCACUUGCCAACAUUGAAAAAUCCAAUGACUGAAACAAUUGAUAAUUUGCCUUUGUUACUAUCAAUGAGUGCCAUCGGAGCCUUAUACUCGCACCACAGUUUAAAUGUAAUAUUAUUGUUUAACUUGUCAAAAGUUUAUAUUCAAAGCUUUUUUGAAAACGAAAUAAGCUUAGAUAAUAUCCAGGUAAAACCUGUCCCCUUGAUGUCACACCAAUGCUUGGUAUUACAUAUAUUCAUAUCUUUGUUCUUAAAUGAACCGAAGAUGGCUGAAAUAACUACCAAGCAAAUCAAAUCUACUAUUGGUUUUAUUUUAUCAACAAACUUUAAUAAACCUAUAGAGCAGAUUUCACCUCCACCACCUAACAUGGCCAGCUAUGAUCCUACUGUUGUUCAAAAGAAUUUCAAUUAUUUUAUUGAAGCUCAAUCGAGAAUAAGAACAAUUCAUGUGUUUCAUAUGCUCGAGGUCUUCAGAAGCUGCCUUUUAGGCACCCCAAUAACGUUUCCUUUUAGCGAAAUAAAAAGCGGUAGUUAUUGUGCCAAAGAAAGCCUAUGGAGAAGCGAGAAUCCGACUGAGUGGCUUCAAGAGCUCAAAGCUAGUAAUUUCGACUUGAGAGAGCCGAUCACAAAUAUCUGUAAUGGCAAAUCGACAUUAGAUUUGAUCGAUGAUUUGAGAAAGCACAACAUGAAUAACGAAGUAUGUUCUAAUAAUUUACUUUCUUUACUCUUAUAUAUACAUGAGAAAAUCCAAGAAGAGCAGUCGAAGAUGAUGUCAAAGGAAUUCUCCAUGGUGGAAUGGAGACUCAAGGCAAGACCGAAGCUUGAAGUUUUAAUAAAAUCAUGGGAAUAUGCAUUUAUAAGGAAAGGUGGGUCUUUACUGAUAAAUGACAUUAACAAACAGUUUUUAAACACGCGUGAAGAAUUUGGGUUAAUCUUACCAUUAUACUUUCUUGCAAAGAUAAGAUUGGCGAUAAAUAUCACGUCAAGCUUGAAAAAUAUUUUUUCCAAAAACUGGAAGGGUAUGAAUGAUAGCUUAAAAAAAAUAGCAGAUAACAAAGAGGAAUUGAGAGAAUCUGUGGAUUAUGCUUUAGAUAUAUUAAGGCUAUGGGUGUACAAUAUAUCUGUCGUUAGUGAUGCUAAAAUGACAUCUUUGAGGACUCCAGUAUUAUUCGUUUCUUGUGCAUUUGUUUCAAUUCUCGUUAUGGCCACGUAUUUGAAUCUCCUUGAGGAUUUGGACGGCUGUAUUUCAGCUUUCGAUAAAGUAAAAUGGCUUCAGUGUCAAGAAUUACUUUCAAAAAUUGAAUAUGUGCUCGCACCACAUUACGAUAACAACUCAUUUUCAGACUUUCUUAAAGUUCAUCUCGAUGAAACUUUAGAAGUUGCAGUAAAGCAUAGAGACAUAAGUAAGUUGAUCUCCCUUAAUGCUCCAGAUAAGAAGAUUCUUGAGUUUUUCAAGAGCAUAUGUCUAGGCUCGAAAUGUCUUUAUAUUGGAAUUAGAGUGUUGGCUGAUGUACCUGUAUGGCCAGUUUCAAUGACUUUUGCAGAUGCUCUUAAACAUCGUGCAAUUGACCUCAAAUCGACCACGAAUUAA